AUGUCAGAAUUCAACAAGGAGGAUUUCAAAGGGUACAGUGGGUACAUUAUUAGUGAAAUAGAAGAAGGGUUUUAUCACGUUCAGUUUAAUAACCCUAAGGUGUUGAACGCCUUUUCAGAACAAACGUGGAGAGAUUACCAUGAAAUAUUAACUAAGUUAGACCAAUUGGAGCUGACCAACAUUAUAUUAAUUUCUUCGGUGGUUCCCAAGGCUUUCAGUAGCGGUUUGAACAUGAAAGAAGUUGCCGGGGAGAUGAGCGAAGUCCAGAAAGGAUCCGAGCAAGAAAGAUACGAUAAGCUUCUUAAGCAUAUCAAGGAUUUCCAGUACUGUAUUGGGACACCUGCGAGAAUCAGAACGCCUACCAUAUGUCUUUUAAAUGGGAUCAGCUACGGGCUCGCUUUAGAUAUCUGUGCUUGUUGCACGAUAAGAGUAGCAACCGAAGAUGUCAAGUUAUCUAUAAGAGAGAUAAAAAUUGGGAUAGUAGCCGACAUUGGAUCUCUUCAAAGGUUACCAGCUCUUAUCAAUAACAAAUCCUUCUUAAAUGAAAUGGCACUCACUGGUGCUGUAUUUGGAGGUCAGAAGGCAUUGGAAGUUGGGCUUGUUAGCAAAGUUUUUCCAGACUUGAAGACAGCAGAAGAAUACUGUAAACAGCUUGGUUCAGAUAUAAACCAGAACCCACAAUGGGCUAUAAAGGGUACGAAAGAGUCCAUCCAGUAUAUAAAUGAUGGAGGAACUGCUGAACAAGGCUUGGAGAAUAUAGCAUUAUAUAACGCGAAGAAUAUUGGAGGUACGUUCUCAAACUCGAAGCUUUGA